CAUCCAACGUGAUUUGCGGUAAUUUCAGUAAACCCAUGCAGAAGUGUCAACGAUAGAUUGGUGAGUUGCUUGAAAAGUAUUCCAGCUCAAAAAGGAAUGAAAUCCCAACUGCUAGACAUAAGCGACAAAUGAGCAACAAUUGCACUCAAUGGAUUUAUUGCCACGAUGUGAGAAACAAAUGCAAAGUGUCGCCUAACUAGCAGCGCAAUGCUAGUUUGCAACCGCCAUAACUUAGCUAGCUUGCUAGGUACGUUAGCUCACUUAACUUGUUUUGGUUAGCUUGUUAGCAUGCUAACUGGUUAGGUUUGACAGCAAUCAAGAUUUGACAUGGACAUUUUAGCUAAGGUGCUGUUAUUUGGAUAGCAACAUACAGUAGCUAUAUAAUAUUUGAGUACCAGGUUAUUAGCAUCGCUAGUUAACGUUAUCUAGCUAGGUAAAGUUAGCUUAACUACCGUGUGCAUUGCUAGCUACUAUAGUUGUCAACAGGAAAGACUUCCUACACUAAUAACUCAAAACUUAAGCAGUCAUCUCCUGAUCUAACGUUGAUAUUGGUUAGAGAGAAUGGAGAACCACCUUUGACGGUCCUGUUUUUUUUGUUAUACUGGUAAUUAGGUACUAUUGCUAACUACUCAAAUUGCAAACUUGAGUUAUAGUGACUCUAAAGCAUAAAUACAAUGUGGCUCCAGCAAAGACUAAAGGGCCUACCAGGUCUGCUGUCAAGCAGCUGGGCUAGAAGAAUGCUCAUUGGACUGCUGUUUUUCCUAAUCUUCUACUGGUACCUUAGCUCAGACGGCGCUUUGAGGUUGUUCAGUGGCUUAGGCCAGUCGGGUGGGCCAGCUGGACAAUGCCUCCAGACUGAGAUCCACAGGUGGAAGUCACUGGUGGACCGGGGCGAGGGAAUCUACACUACUCCCCAGGAGAAAGCGGUCACGCCUUUCGUCUCAGGUAACGGCCAUUUCCUGGUGGACAUUGACUCCAACAGACUGUGGGUGGCCUCAUCCUCCCAGCCCGGCUCGGCCCCAGUUUACCAGACUGAGUACUCACCCAUAGUGGGCAUCCACGUCCCGGGGAUGCGGGCCAAGGCGAGGGCCACCAUGCUCUGGUUCCGCAAAGGGGCUGUCCUGUCCGUCCGCUGCGUCCUCCCAGGGGGAGCCGGCAGCUCCGGAUCAGCCCGUGACUGCCUCACCAUCCGAGAAGAGUUCAUCGCCCACCGCAGCCGGCCCAAUGUCUUCCUCCAGAGGAUCCACAUCAACAACCCCUCUGAGCGGGCCGCCACCCUGGAGGUGUCCACCGAAAUGCCCUCAUUCGGGAGCAAGUUCUCAGCCAGUGUAGAGAAGGUGGAGGACAAGGAGGUUGUGCUGUCAUCGGGCCGCGUGGUUCUGCCGGAGAAGAACCAGAUAGUGCUGGUGGUGGUGGCCACCAAUAAGCUGGGCAGCCGCAUCCAGGCGGCUGCCAAGUCAGAGUUUUCCGAGAAUGUGUUGUCGGUGGUGUGGAUGUCAGAGCCCAUCGAGUCGGCCAAGCUGGAGGAGACCUUCACCAGGCUCCGAUACGGAGCCAAGAAAGAACUGGGAGAGCUGCUGAGGGCCAACGUAGAAGAUCUGGUCCAGGACCACCAACAGGCCUGGAUGGACCUCUUCAUCUCUGGGGUGGAGAUGCGUAAGAUCACCGACGCACACACGCCAUCCAGCGCCACAGUCAACACCACGCUCUACUACGUCCUCUCGGCCUCACCGGCUCCCCUGCUGGACCGCCGUCUUGGCACUGAGGAGCGCGCCCGUCUGGAGUCCAGCCUCAACUACGCCGACCACUGCUUCAGCGGGCAUGCCACAAUGCACGCUGAGAACCUGUGGCCGGAGCGGGUCAGCAGCGUGGCCCAAGUCCUGCAGCUGGUCAACCUGUGGACCCUCACCCUGCAGAAGAGGGGCUGCAAGGUGCUGGUGGCGGCGGGCGCCCACGGCGUUAUGCAGGGUGCCGUGCUCAGCUUCGGAGGCCUCUCAUUCAACGAAAACCACCUUCAGUUCCAGGCAGACCCGGACGUGCUGCACAACAGCUACGCGCUGCGGGGAAUCCACUACAACCAGGACCUGAUCAACCUGGCUGUGCUGCUGGACUCCGAGGGCAAACCAUUUCUGCACGUGUCAGUCAAGCCCCAGGAGAAGCCCGUGGCACUGUACGCCUGCGAGGCGGGCUGCCUCAACGAGCCGGUGGAGCUGACGUCGUCGCUGGUGGAGGCCAAGGGCCACGUGUUCCCUGUGAUGGUGACGCAGCCCAUCACGCCGCUGCUCUACAUCUCCACGGACCUUCGCCACCUGCAGGACCUGCGGCACACGCUGCACCUCAAGGCCAUCCUGGCACACGAGGAGCACAUGGCCAAGCAGUACCCGGGCCUGCCCUUCCUCUUCUGGUUCAGCGUGGCUUCGCUCAUCACCCUCUUCCACCUCUUUCUCUUCAAGCUCAUCUACAAUGAGUACUGUGGCCCCGGCGCCAAGCCCCUCUUCAGGAGCAAGGUGACGAAGCCAAGUGAGGAAAUGGAAGCUUAGGAAGCAGCCAUGACAUCACAGGUGCAGAGUAGCAGCCAGUGAAUUACAUUGCCAUAAAGUGUGUUACUGUUCUUGUCAUCUGAUUGGGGUCAUUAUUUGAUAAUGAUAUUUGUGUUGAGAUGGUCAACGUGUUGAUUUGACUUUCGACAUGUUGGAGCUGAAUUCAGAGAAAAAAGCUCACAUUGCCUGAUGAGGUCUUUCAUUGGCAAGGCAAGUGAAAGUGUCAUUCUUUACAGUGCUUCCAUUCAUUUUGGCAGGGCGACCUGUCGGUUUGAAUGAAUACCAUCAUCAUUCACAUUAUUGGUCCUGUUGGUAAAUGUUAAUAUCCAUCCUUGCUUUCUUACUUGGAAGUCUAACAUGGUCUAAAAUGAUUGCAUUGGUAAAGGGUUCCACUAUCUAGCUUUCACCAGUGUUGUUGUUACAGGGGAUGGAUUUUCUAAUUAUUUAAACAGGUCAAUGUCCAAUA